CAAUCUUUGAAAAAUAACCAUAAUUACCGUUGAACAAUAAGAAAACACUCAUAAUAUUUCUUUAGGUGGGUUAAAAUUCGGUAUAAAAUCACGCGUUGGCAUCCGAGCCACAUCAGCUGAUUGAGGCCCACGGACUGAAGAAGAUGAAGUUCCUAACACCUGAGCAGAAGAAAUUCUAUGAUGACAACGGCUAUGUUGUCAUCGAUGUCCUGACCAAAGAGCAGACGGACGAACUGAGCCGCGAUUAUGACGACAUCUUUAAGCGGAAGGCUGAUUCUAACUUGGAGGCCACGUGGCAGGGUGACUGGAAUAAGAAAGCAGGCGCAACACAAGUCCAGUCAAUACAUGGACUUCAGAUGCACUCAGCAGCCUUUACACGCUUGCUGCUCCACGAGAAGAUGCUUGAUGCUUGUGAAGACGUAAUGAACACGUCGGAUAUUCUCUUACACCACACCAAAGCGCACUUGAAGCCUCCUGGCACUGGUUCUCCAUUUCCCAUGCAUCAGGACUACCACUACUUCCCCUUUAAGAAUGACUCCAUGAUAGCCGUGUUCGUGAGCCUGGACGACGCUGACCCCCAGAACGGAGGGCUGUGCGUGUACCCGGGUUCGCACAAGCUCGGACCCCAGGAAGACUGCAGCAAUGUCCCCGGGUGGCACUACCUUAGCCAGGAGAAAUUCCCCAUAGAGAAGGCGACACCACUUACCCUAAAGAGAGGACAGGUGGUCAUUUUCUCGUACCUGCUCAUCCACGGGUCAUAUGACAACACCAGCGACAGGGUCCGCCGCAUGUUUCUCAUCCAGCUGAUGGCGGCUGAUGACACACCCAUGGCCGACAUGCACAGAUCGGCGUGCCAGAAGAUGGUGUUGCGUGGGAAGUGCUUGUGGCGGCUGGCGGACGUCACAAAGCGCUUUGAGGAUUAGAGCAUAGAGGCAGGAGGACAGGGAGAUGUGGUGGCUGUAUUCAGUGUGUGGUUAUUUGUAUUAUGUGGACUCUGGUGGAGAAGGCUGAGUUGUGCUGUAUAUUUUAUUGUUAUUAUUUUUGGUAUUUUACUCUUUUGUCAUAUGUUGUAUGUCAUUUUUUUUUUUAAUAGGAAAUUUGAAGAUGGAGAUGAAGAUUUACUUAAUGUACAUAAGGUACAUAUCAUUGGAACACAUUUUUUACGGUUAGUUGUAACCAUUCAACCUUUUUCUAGCAAUUACAGUAUCAUCCCAUCCAGUUUAUAUUCCAUUUCACAAAAUAAACCUGUACUUGUCAACAAUGAUAGUAGAUUUUGAUAGGGUUCUUAGCAUAAAUUUGUACCUUAAAAAAAAAACAUUUGUAUGUAGAUUUUAUGUCGUCACCCAUAAACUUCUUAACUUAAAUUUAGGGACAAGCUAGGGAUCUAUGCCUCGGACUCUCCCUGGACCUGCAACACCUCCAAGACACUGGUCCAGGUCAGAAUGGAAGGUGAUAGACAGCUAUGGCAGAAUCUGGGUAUGCCUACCUUCUGGCACAAUCGUCAGGGGAAUUUCAGGUUCAGGGGGAGCAUGUCAAGACUGAUUUCCCAUACUGCCUUUGAUAUAGGUUCAUUCAAGAAGGUAGAAAAGGCCAUGUUAUGAUACGUGUGAUUUGAACAAGCCUGUGAGUUUGAUCAGAAGUGUUUAUAUGGCUAGCCUGUAUGUGACAAUGGGGUUACUAGUACAAUUGUUUUUAUAUAACUUGUUGGCCAUUUAUGCAUGUAAUAUGUGCAUAAUCGUUUAUCAUUAGUUUUUAUAGAAACUGGGAAAUUUACUUUUAUUUGUUCCAUUGUUAAAAUAAGUUACUUUACUGUAUCCAAGAGUGAGAGAUUUCUAAUAGGUACUAAAAAGUUGCAAUAACAUUGUAUUGUAGAUUUUUAAACAAAGUUUGAGAUAGAUGUUGUUUUAAGGAACUUUUAUCAAGAAUCACAAAAGUACAAAUACAAGUUUGUGCCAUAUCUAGAUUUUAUUAGUGCAGUGUACAUUUAUCUCAUUCAUGCAAUAUUAUAUUGUUAGUAACCCAUAAAUUCUGCAUUAUAAACCUUUUACUAACAUUAUCUCAUAUAUAGGGAACAGUUUUACGUAAUAUUUGUGCAAUAUACAGGUUUAACUAAUGCAAUAAUGCUGGUAGUGUACUUAUACAUGCUACUACUAACAUAUUUUAUGGCCAAUCUUUGAUUCCUGUAUGAUUUUUACACAUAAAAAAUAUGUGAAGAGUGUAUGCCACUAUGUAUACUAGCCAUAUUAGAAUAUAUGUAGUUUGUGUUGAAUAUUGCUAAGAUUUAUGAAUUAUUUGAUUGGAUUAAAUUUCAAAUAAUUGUAUAAUGACAGGAGUAACAAUUACCCUUUCAAUUUGGAAAAGGUUGUAAAUUCUUUGAAAAUAUGGCAUCUUCAGGGAAGCAGAAUAAGUAGAAAUUGGAAGGAGAAAGCAAAGUACAAAUAAAUUAACAGGAAACCCAAAGAAUUUUGAAUAAUUUGUCGUAUGUAGAAGAUUCUUUUAUUGGAGAAUAUAUAGGAAGUAAUAUUAUCUGUGCAAUGAAGAAAUCCAGCCAUACUGUUCAUGUACAAAUGUAUGACUUAAAUGUAUGAAGUUGCAGCUAUCUUGUUAACAUGGGGUAUAAUCUUUUGGGAUUUUUUUUCUUUUUUUGUUACAGUAGUUGGUCACACUGUUCUUGGUGCUGUUAUGUUGAAUUUUGUAUUGAAAUUUUAUGUUUUAUGAACAAACGAAGGAGAAACA